CUCUGGUCUUGGUGGAGCCUGGCUGUUCCAGGUUCUCCAACAUCCCUGCCCAUGGCCAGCAGGAGGCCCUGGCAAUUAGGGUUGGUGGUGGUUCAAAGGGACCUCAGGCUGAGGGCAGAGCAUGUUGCAUUCUGGGAUGUUGGCCCCUCUUGGGGUCCCAAAGAGCAGGGGAAUUCCCCCACAUAGAGAAUAUGGGGGCAGUGUGGGAGGCUCUGAUGUCACUUAGACCCAAGUUAGCAAGACAUCUCCGAGCCUCAGUUUCUCUCAUCUAUACAGUGGGUGCUUUCCCGCCUGACGUGGAUGGGAUGUGGUGCCUGCUGUGUGCCUGUCUUCACCAUCAUAAAUUUACUUCACGUCUGCCUGAGCACAGUGAGGUGGGCGCAGCUAGGGCACCAUUUUGCAGAGAGGGAAACUGAGGCUGAGAGAUUGAGGCUUAGGGAUGACAGUGUGAGUGGAGAAAGGUUAACUCAGAGCCCAUAUACAGCAAGCGCUCAGUCUGGGCCAGCCAUUGUCUCUGUUAAGAGCCUGAGUGACAGGAGGGUGCCUGGAGCUCUCUGGGCCAAGCAGCACCAGCACCUAGAAGCCAGAACCAGAACUUAGAAUCUACUUGGCCUCUGGUGCCUGGCAGCCGGCUGUAGCCAGUCAGAGGCCAGGAAUGUCCUGUCCCCCUGCUGUGUUUAUGAAGCAAUAAUUGAUGCUCUUUCUUGGGAGGUUGUGGUUGACCACUGGGUAUUUCUCUGUGGCUCAGAUGGGUGGGGGCCACCUGGAGGUCCUCGAGAGUCCAGUGCAGGGUGACGCCAUUUCUCAGCCCACUGGAGAGCGGACAGAGUGGAGGUAGAUGGGGAGUGCGUGCUCCUCUGCCUCCAGGGAGGCCUCCAGGUCUGCACCCUGAUGUUUCUGCAAAUACGUGAAUGAGCUGGACGCCAGCAGCUGUCCCCUGGUGUCCAGCGUGAAAAGGAGGCACCGCCUGUCCUCUGCUGGCAUGCCCCGCCAGCCCUCAGCCUGAGCCCAUUAGUCCCCGCCCUCUGCCACCCUGCACUGCCCCGGCUCCCCCGCAGCCCUCACACUGCAGUGCGGCCGGGCCCCCUCCCCAAAGGGGCCGCCCCCGCCACCCACCCCUGGUGCCCGGGGCGGCCCGGCCCGCAGGGCCAUGAAGCUGCAGGCAGUGAUGGAAACGCUCCUACAACGGCAGCAGCGGGCACGCCAGGAGCUGGAGGCCCGGCAGCCGCCACCUCCUGAGCCCCCCGCUGGUCCCCCAGGCCACACGAGGGCUGCCCCAAAUGAGGACAGAGACCCCGAGAACGCCAGAAUGCAGCGGGCACAGAUGGCUGCGCUGGCCGCCAUGCGGGCUGCUGCCGCCGGCCUCGGACCUGCACCCAGUCCUAGUGGCUCUGAGGAUGGGCCCCGCGGCUCAGAGGACGAGGACACAGCCCAGGAGGAGGCACCGGGCUCACCCGGCCAAGGCGGGGAGGCACCAAAACACACGGAAGGUGACAGGCACUUCGAGGACAUGGCCUCUGAUGAUGACCUGAAGCCAAAAUGGGAAGAGGAGGAGGAGGAGGAAGAGGAGGAGGAACUGGAGGAAGAUCUGGGGGACGAGGAGGAGGAAGAGGAGGACUACGAGGACGAGGAGGGGCUUGGGCCGCCGGGCUCUGCUGGCCUGGGCACUGCAGCCCUGUUUCCCCGCAAGACCCAAUUGCCCCAGGCCUUCCGUGGUGGUGAUGGUGGGCCCCGGGUGCUGGGCAGCCAGGAGCGAUCAGGGGCUGGCCCAGCCCACUCCGGGGGGGCUGCCCACGUGGCACCCCAGCUGCAGCCUCCUGACCACGGGGACUGGACAUAUGAGGAGCAGUUCAAGCAGCUCUAUGAACUGGAUGGAGACCCCAAGAGGAAGGAGUUCCUGGAUGACUUGUUCAGCUUCAUGCAGAAGCGAGGGACACCCGUAAACCGGAUCCCCAUCAUGGCCAAGCAGGUGCUUGACCUGUUCAUGCUGUAUGUGCUGGUGACAGAGAAGGGCGGCCUGGUGGAGGUCAUCAACAAGAAGCUGUGGCGUGAGAUCACCAAGGGCCUCAACCUGCCCACGUCUAUCACCAGUGCUGCCUUCACCCUGCGGACCCAGUACAUGAAGUACCUGUACCCCUACGAGUGUGAGAAGCGCGGCCUCAGCAACCCCAAUGAGCUCCAGGCAGCCAUCGACAGCAACCGGCGGGAGGGCCGGCGCCAGAGCUUCGGGGGCUCCCUCUUUGCCUACUCACCAGGCGGGGCCCACGGCAUGCUCUCCUCACCCAAGCUGCCUGUGUCCUCCCUGAGCCUGGCCGCCAGCACCAAUGGCAGCUCCAUCACCCCAGCCCCCAAGAUCAAGAAAGAGGAGGACUCGGCCAUCCCCAUCACAGUCCCCGGUCGCCUGCCAGUGUCACUGGCGGGCCACCCUGUGGUGGCAGCCCAAGCUGUAGCAGUGCAAGCAGCAGCAGCCCAGGCAGCUGUGGCGGCACAGGCAGCCGCCCUGGAACAGCUUCGGGAAAAGCUGGAGUCUGGGGAGCCUCCGGAGAAGAAGAUGGCCCUGGUGGCAGAUGAGCAGCAGCGGCUCAUGCAGCGAGCGCUACAGCAGAACUUCCUGGCCAUGACAGCCCAGCUGCCCAUGAACAUUCGUAUCAACAGCCAAGCCACCGAGAGCCGCCAGGACUCAGCUGCAAGCUUGACCAGCACCAAUGGCAGCAACAGUAUUAGCAUGUCGGUGGAGAUUAACGGGAUCAUGUACACAGGAGUGCUGUUUGCUCAGCCACCAGCCCCCACACCACUCUCGGCUCCCAGCAAAAGCGGCGGUGGCAGCAGCCGGGGAGGAAACAGUGGGACCAGCAGCAGCACUGGCAGCCAGGCGGGGCCAGUGGGGUUGUCCGCACCCCCCACGUCUUCUACCUCAAAUAACUCAUUGCCUUAACCGCACCACUCCUCACCCACCACCCUUAACCCCAGGAUCCUGUCAGACUGGGCAGGAGGUCUAGAGGUGGGCCAAGCAGGGGCCAGGGUGGUGGAAGAUACGGUGGGAAGGGGAGAUAUCCACAAAGGAGCCACAGCUAACGCCAAAAAGAAAAAAUAUAUAUAUAUACAUAUAUAUAGAAAAUUUAAUAAAACAGGGGAAAACCAAGGAACACUUGAAUUACUCAGGUUUCAGACAUUCAGAGAGAUGAAUUGUGAGAACAGCAAAGGAAAUCUGGAAAGAGAAAGCGGCAAAUACUUCCCAGGGCUUUCCUGCAGCCCAGGCGCGCCAACUUGGACUGGUGUGUCUGGUGUCUGGUUUGGACCAUUUGCAAUGUAAGGCCAGAAUCUGUUUACCUCAUACAUCCCUGCACUGUGUGUUUUCAUUUUUGUCUUUUUUUUUUUUUUUUUAACAUAUUAACAUACUCACCACACCCAGCUCCUUGUGUUGAAUGAAACCCCUGAGCCAAAAUCAGUUGAAUUUUUUUCUUGUUGCUUUUGGGAACUUUUUUUUUUUAAAAGAAAUAGUGAUAUUCAAGCUCUAUAGGGUUUUUAAGAGGUUUCGGGGGUUUUGUUUUGUAAAUAUGCUAUUUUAUUCUUGGGGAGGAAUCAAACCUUAGAAAAAGGAUAUAUCUAUAUCUAUAUAUCUAUAUAUAGAUAUAGAUAUAUAGAUAUAGAUAUAUAUUUGUGUUCAUUCAGGGAAACUGGACUUGAAAAAGCAAAAAAAAAAAAAAAAAGUAAUACCCUUUUAAUUUUUUCCCAUGACUGAUUUGGGUUCAUGUGUGCAUUUCCUGUGGUGCGAUGGGCAGCCGGCCAGUGUAGGACACUGGAUCCCUGGGCUAGAGCCAGAAAAGGUGAUGAACUCAGGUGCUGUGUGCCUGGCUGGGGUGCAUGCUGGAGGGCCGUCGUGGGGACAUGAAUGCUGAAUGGCAGACCCUGACGCACGAUGCUUUUCCUUGCUGUGCUGUGCUCUCUGUCAGGGUCCUGGAAGUCUUAACUAGAAAGGAGAAAAUGCCGAAAAAAGGGCCUGGGCGUGGGAGGGGGCUCACCUAUCACAGCCCCCAGGCUCCUGUCUCAGGGAUGACUAUAGCUUGGGGACUCUCUCAUGCCUAAAAAAAGGGCUACUUUUGAAGAAUUAUCAAUAUUGGGGACUAGGGGUGAGCCGGGCUUAGCUCAGGGUGAGGUUUUUGGGGCCACGGCAUCCUGAACACCCCACCCCUUUUUGUCUCCUUCACAUGGGGCCACAGCUCCUCCUAAAGGAACUAAGUAGAGGCCCAGAAGUAGGCUAUACUGUUUUCUCCAUGUCACCUCUGGGUUAAAAGGUGGGCGUCAGUGGGUCAGCUAGAAGGGGGGAUAUAUUUCAAGGGCUGGUGAUAGUCUUCACCAUGAGGCAGUACCACUAUCUGUUUUAAGGCCUCGGUGGGGUUUGGGGACUUCUCUGCCCUGCCCUUGCAGGAACAGGUGGAGUUGGGACUAUGCCUCCUACACUUUAGCGGUCUUUCCUUUUCAUGCACUGAGUUUUAAUUUCUCUGGGGCGGGGGGCCAUUAACUCACUGUCCCCAGGGCUAGUCUGGAACCUAUAAAUUGGACCCAGGGAGCCUGGCCUAAUAAGGCCGAGAGGGGCAGCCCCCCUGCCCUAAGUCAUCUUGUUGCCUUGGACACCUAGGUAGGAGCGUCCUGAGCCUCCCAGUCUGGGAUUACUUGGGUGUGGGGCUGUGGUGUGUCUUUGAGCAGACCCCUUUCUUUGGUAUAUCUCAGGGUCAUUAACACUCCCCACUUCCAGAAAUGGGUGGCUGGGGGCAUCUGGGGUUUCCUCUCUGUUUUUCCUUCCGGAAGGCUCUCUCCCCAAUUCUCGCUGCAGCAGCACAAUCACUGCGGGAGAGGGGGAUCCUUUUGUCCCUAGACACAAUCUGUCCCUGUGGAGAGCCUGAGCCGCUUCUCCCUUCUCCUCGACCUGACCCCCUGGAACCCUGUGCGCGUGGAGGGUGGGGUGUCUGUUGCCCGUUUCUACCUCAGGUCUAACUCUUGAUGCCAAAACCCUGCCCCCUCCAGCUGGCUCAGGGCUUCAGCAGUUUCCAGGACCUGUCCCCUCCCACUCGCAGCGUGUGCCCCACCCGAGAGCUUGCCUGUGUGCUCUCUCUGGUCGUGUUUGUGUCGCAUGUCUGUGUGUGUUGGGGAACUGGGCUUAGUGUUGUGUGGGCGUCACGGCCCCCAGAUCUAACUCAGGGCAUGCCUGCUGUUGAAGGUGAUGAUUGUAGGGGGCAGGUGGGGCUGAGGGAGUUCCCAGGGGUGUAAACGAGAGGGGGUCCUCCGGGCUGGGCAGGAGCUGCGGCCUCUGCUUCUGGGCCCCAUUCACCCCCUGCCUUUCCCAGCUCAGGGCCACCGCCUGUCAGUGGGGGUUCUGGGGACAGAGUAGCCCUCAGUCAAAGGCUUGUGCACUGUUUGUUCUGGAAUGAGUGGAGCUUAGCCACAGGGCAAGGACAGGGACUCCCAAACUCAGGGUCAAGAGGGGCUCAAGGGUUCCCCUACUCUGGAGAUGUUUGUGGAUGGGCUGCUUCUGGAGUCUUCCUUGUGACCCCUAAACUGGCUGCAAGGCUGUCCAGCUGUUCAGUGGUGGGCGGGUUGGGUGGGGCAUUGGGGUGGCUGGGUUAGUUUUUAGUACUUGUGCAUUCAGCCGGUCACUUUUCUCGCUUUUAUCAUUUUUGCUCACUUCUACCCUUUUUUUCCCCUAAAUUUUGCUUUUUCAUUUUUUUCUUGGCAAACACAAAUUCAGCCUUUCAUUCCUGACAUGUGAAAUUUCAGUUUCUCUGGGGUUUGUCCGAUGGCGUGGGGACUGCGCCUGAACUCAGGUUAAAGGGGGAAAAAAAAACUUUAAAAAAAUGGUAUAAACAAACUACUCUACCUCUGGCUGGGCCUUGCCUGUCACCCUGGUUAGGCCUCACCUGUCACCCUGGCUGGUGGGGCGGCCUGUAAGGAUCUAAGUUUUGCAGAAUAUUCAGGUAUUAAAAGGGGAAAAAUUUUUUUAAAGACCGAAAAAAAAAACCAACAAAAAGGGGUGUGAUUUUGAAAUUUAAAAGAACACUGAAAGUUUACAUUUUAUAACAUUAUUAUGCAGAUUGUAUUUAAACUUCAGAAAUAUUUAAGACAAUUGUAACCCUGUAAAGCUGAUGAGAUAUUAAAACAAGACAAAAAACA